CGCUUGUCCACCCACCCACCCUACGUACAUAAAGUGCAGGCACCCCUUCUCCACCUCCCUCAACCCUGUUCUCACAGCACGACUAUCAACCAACGAACGAGUCAACCGCAGCACAUUUACCCAAACAGCACAACACAGAGAAAUGACAAUCCAACCCGUCACCCCGAUCCCUCGCACAUCCACCACCGCCCUCCUCUCCGCCUUCAUCAAAUCCGCGUGCUGGGACGAACGGACCUCCAUGUCUUUCGCCAACCCCUCCGCCACCAUCAUCACAACCCCAUCCUUCACUUACCACUACCAGAAAGGCGCCAAAUUCACCCACAUCUUCAUAUACGACCACAUUGGCGCUGAGGAGGACAUGCAGGGUGAUUUGGCUGGUAUUUUGGAGGGAUUAGGCAAAGGCGUGAAGGUAUGGGUGGAUGGGGGCGUGGCAUCGCCGCAUGCCACGCCCUCCAUACUCGAGCAAGCCGGGUUCACAAAACGCGAGUUCACGCAUACGGAUGUGGCGAGACUGUUGGAGAUGGUGGAUACGCACGGCACCACCAUCGCGCCCACAUCCAUUCCCCCGCCAGAGGGGGUGACGAUCCACGAGAUCACAUCGUCAACCGAUCCACGAUUCGCCGCCCGAUGCGACAUUGAGAGCGAUGUUUUUGUGUACAUCCCCACGCAUGCCUCCCAUCUGCCGGCUGCGCUGGCGGAGAUGACCGACCGGUAUGGUGACUACCACCUUCUUGCAACUGCUGGGGAGGAGACGGUGGCGUACAUGACGCUCCGAGUCCACCGCGGUGUGGCGUACCUGCAGGGUUCGGGCGUGGCAGAGGCGUGGAGGAAGAAGGGUAUCACCAAGGCGUUGUUGGCGAGGACGGUCACGAAAGCUGUUGAGUUGGGGUUUGAGGUGAUGUUGACUGCGGGUUGCGAUGAUGAUGCGGUGGGGGCUUGGACUGCUAUGGGGUUCAAGGAGGUGUACACUUAUUCGACUUGGGAGAUUCAGUUGUGAAGGGGAUGUUGGACGGCUCUGUUCUAUGAUUGCGAACGAACUUUUGGUAGGUGGGGCACAGGGGUAUGUAGAGAACUUGUACAUAUAGAGUAGCUGCAUUCAUUGCUAUGGCGUUGAAAAUAUACUAUGGCGUUGAAAAUAGAUCAAUAGCCUUUCAAAACCGUUAAGGCCCAGAGCUCUGCCACCGGGAUGCCAUAACGUUCAAACCAACAGUGACUUCCCUGCUAUCCGGAUCCAGAUGUGAGACUCCAAUCUUGACAGCUCAACGAACUCCCGAAAGGUCGACUCCAAGAUGUACCUCCUCAAUGUUCAUAAAAGGCUAUACCUCCUCAAUGGGACCUCCCAAUGUCCUUCACCUCCCAUAACUCCUCAAUGGGGACCUUGUAAACCUGUGUGAAAUGCAAAUAUAUUGAAUGCCUACAUACUUACAUACAUGCGUGUGAAGGAGAUCCC